AUGGAUGCAUCGAUUAGCUACAACUACAACUACAACUACAACUACGACAACUACAACUACAACUACAACUACAACUUCAACUAUACUACUACUAUAAUUACUAUUAUCUUCCACUACACUAUAUACUAUCUUCUACUAUUCACUCUUCACACUGUCAUCACCCCUCACAGAUAA